AUGGCUCGGCGUGUCUACCUUUCCUUGCAUUCCACCAUGCACCACCGCAAUCCGUACAAAGCUGGGGUAGAUUUCAGGGCUCUGGCUGAACACCACAAGUCUCUAGGCGUGCAUCUUCGGAAUGGGAGUACGAUUGAUUUCCGGGAUGAAGAAGCGCAGAGGUUGAAUUAUGUCUUGUGGAUUCAGGAUGUUAUGGAGAACACCAGUGGACAGGGUUCGAUCUCAGAGGGUGAAAAGUCCGGAGGAGGCAAGAUUCGAGGGUUGGAUGUCGGAACAGGCUCCUCUGUGAUAUACCCCCUGCUUGCCACAAGCCUUGAAGCGGAAUGGGAAAUGGUUGGAACGGAAAUUAGGAAGGGUGAGGAAGAGCGUUUGUUACCUUUUCUUCCCGACGAAGAAUUUGAUUUCACGAUGUGCAAUCCGCCUUUCUACUCGAGUUACGAGGAGAUACGACAGCUUCAGGCAGAGAAAGAGGAGUUACCGGCUCAAGUGUGUACUGGCGGGGAGCUGGAGAUGGUCUAUCCAGCGUCGAAGGACGAGACUCAAGAGGAUUGGGAGCGCGAAGGAGGAGAGGUAGCGUUUGUGGGGCGGAUGGUGGUUGAGAGCUUGAAGCUUAGAGAGCGUUGUGGGUUUUCCCUCUUGUCGACGGAUUUCGCGGAAUUCAUUUUUAAGUUUCAGAUUUGGAACUAUGUUGUGACGGAGUUUAUUCAAGGCAGAACGCGUCGGUGGGCUGUUGGGUGGUCGUUUGGCCAAUGGAGGGUUCCAGACGACGUAGGGCGGCUGUCACACCUCCCGCCAUCACAUCCCCUCUAUAAGAUCCAACCACAGCGGACGACACUCACUCAUCCCAUGGGAGCCACGUCCGAAGAGCACUUGCGACGACAGUUGACCUCGACCUUGGAGGCUCUGGCCCAGGAUGACCGUUUCAUUUUUAUGCCUGGUGUAAAGCCCUCUACUUUCGUCGUCAAAGCCGCGGAGCCGGUAUGGAGCCGUGCUUUGAGGCGAAAGAGGAAGCGUCAAGUCGAAGGCGGAGAAGAUGAAGAAGUGCCCUGCAAGCAACCUCGGAUAGAGAGCCAGGUCACAUCGAAAGUGCAAGAUCCUGGCUUGAGAGCUUCAUCCACUACUAGCAGCGCCGUCGUCGGCGACGAAAGCUGGGCUCUCGUUUGUCUUGUUGACUUCGUGGACCGAAGCGACAGAGCAGUGAUGGACUUGCGGUUUCAGUGGGUAUAUGGGCAAGAUAGGGGCGUUUUCGAAGGGUUUGCGAGUCACGUUGGGAAGAAGGUGCAGACUUUGGCAAGGGAAUCUGUUCCGUAG